CCACCCGACCAUCAGCUGAUCAAUAUAUGCCCAUUGGCAUACGUCACUUCUUAAUACUAUUCAAAAUAAAUAUUUAUAUUAAAUAACAAAAAAAAAAAAAAAAAAAUAGUCAGUUGGUGUCACGCAUGUCACGCAUCCUGAAUACUUAUUGGUUAUUUUAUUUUUUUUUUUAAUAUGAUUUAUUAAAUAUUAAAUUAACGUGUAUUUAUCAAUUUAUUUACUCAUGGAAUUUUAAUAAUAAUUAUCUAAAUUACAGUGUUUAUUAAUUGUGAAUUUAUUUAUUUUUUUUUAUUAUUUAAAUUUACCAUUUGUGUUUUGAAAUAUAUACUUUGGAUUUUUGCAAUUAAAAGUCAAUGAAAUUUAUAAUUAUUUAAAUUUUAUUAUUUUUUUUAAUACUGGAUUUAAUCAACAAACAUAAUAUUUGAGGGUGCCAAGUAUAUCUAAAAAGUUUGAGAAAAAGCGAGAGCACCAUUACUGACAUAAUGAAAAGGGAGGCUGAUGCCGGUCCCAUGGCAAAUUGUGGACCACCAAAUCCUCAUAAACGUUUUCGUCAAGGUGAUGAUGAAUUAAGAUUGCUCAUACCAAGCAAGGUUGCUGGAUCAAUAAUCGGAAAAGGCGGUCAAAAUAUAACAAAAUUGCGCAGUCAGUACAAAGCCUCAAUCAUUGUACCCGAUUGUCCCGGACCCGAACGAGUUCUGACGAUCAGCUCAGAUUUGGACACCGUCCUUCAGGUGGUUAACAAAGUUGUUCCCAAUCUCGAAGAGAAUGGAUCUAAGCAUGGAAGUGAUGAAAUUGAUGUUCGCAUGUUGGUUCAUCAAAGCCAAGCUGGAUGUGUCAUUGGAAAAGGUGGUCUUAAGAUCAAGGAACUUCGUGAGAAAACUGGAGCUAGAAUCAAGAUAUACUCAAAUUGCUGUCCUCACAGCAGUGAUCGUGUUAUCAGUAUUUGUGGUAAACCAUCAACAUGUAUGGACUGUAUUCGUGAGCUCGUUGCCACCAUAAAAACAUCUCCAUUGAAAGGUGUUAACAAUCCUUAUGAUCCUCAUAACUAUGAUGAUUUUUAUGCUGAAGAAUACGGUGGUUAUGGAUCAGGUGAUGGACAAGGUGGUAAACAAGGUGGAGGAUUUGGUGGACCAGGUGGUCCAGGACGUGGUGGACAAGGUGGUCAAGGUAUGCCACCAAGACGUGAUAUGCGUGGUGGACCACCACCAGAUAUGAAUCGUGGUUUUCCAUCAAUGCCACCAAGAGGUGGACCACGUGGUGGAGGUGGUGGAGGUGGUGGUGGUGGUAUGUCUGGACCACCUGAUCGUGGAUACGGUGGUAAUCCACGUGGUGGUGGUGGUGGAUAUGAUGGUGGACGAGGUGGUGGCGGUGGCGGAGGAGGUGGUGGUGGAUAUGGAGGAAACAGAGGUGGACCACCACCAUUUGGAGGAGGAAAUUAUGACAACAAUGGAUGGGGAAUGCAAGGUAAUGCACCAAAUGGUCUUGGUGGUGGUGGCGGUGGUGGCGGUGGUGGUAAUUCAGGUAUGGGAGGACCACCAAUGGGAGGAAAUAAUCAAGGUAAUCAAGGCAACAUGGGAGGAGGAAACAAGACAAGCACUCAAGUCACAAUUCCUAAAGAUCUUGCGGGAGCUAUUAUUGGAAAAGGUGGUGCAAGAAUUCGUAAAAUAAGAUCAGACAGUGGAGCUGGUAUUAUUAUUGAUGAACCAUUACCAGGAAGUAACGAUCGCAUUAUCACCAUAACUGGACAAGCCAAUCAAAUACAAAUGGCUCAGUACCUGCUUCAACAAAGUGUGCACGACAAUGCUGAUCACUAUUAAUCUCAAGGAUUAACUACGCAGGGGAGCCAAAGAUGCGUUUGUAAUAAAUUUUUUUUUUUUUUCUUUUUCAAAUCAACAAACUAAAGAAAUUACUGGAAAUAAUAAUAAUAAUUUUAUAAAUGAAGAAUAGUAAAACUAAUAAUAACAAUUAAAACCAGUGUUUGUCAGUUAACUUUUUUUUUUUUUUUUUAUUAUAUUUGUUAUAAUUAUCCUUGCAAAAAAAAAAAACAAAACAAAUACUGUAAAAAAAAAAAAUGAAAAUCAAAUUAAAUAAUUUUUUAAUUAAAUUUAAAAAAAAAUAAAAUAUUACAAACUUGUUAAUUCAUCGAUGAUUUAAAUAACUAUCUAUUUAAUCAUUUAAAAAAAAAAAUAACAAUUCUUCAUUUAUAAAUAAACAAAAAAAAAAAAGUAGUUUCUAAAUUACAUUCGUUCCAUAUGGACGCAUUUUUUUUCUAUAAAAUAUAAUUUGAUAAAUACGUUUAUUUUUUUUUUGUUUCCUUUUUAUAUGUAAACAUUUUUGGGAAGUAUUUAUACAAUAGAAAAUAAGUUUACCUAUGAAAAAAAAAAAAAAAAACAAUUAAUAAUAAUAAUAAUAAACAUAGCAGUUCAACUGAUUUAUAAUAAUAUCUUUUCCCUAUUUCUAUUUUUUAAUGUUAAUUUUUUUCGUUGAGAGCUUCUCUCUAUUUUUUCGUCUCUGUGGUUGAAUUUGAGCACCAUUAAUAGUACGAACUCUUGAAGUUUGUUUAAUAGAAUAAGUAGUAUUUCUUUUGUGUUUAAAUAAUGAAAAAAAAAAUUCCAUAAAAUGAUUAAUAAUCAAAAAUAAUUGAUUAUAAAAAAAUAAAAUAAUUCUUCAAUUGGCCUAUAAAAUAUAUUUUCAA